GUGGGCAGCUGCCAUGCCAACUUUAAUGACAACGCACCAGGUCUCCAAGUUGUCCAGGUCUCCAAGUCCAGAUUCUGUUCGGCUGUUGCCAUUGCUAGUUGCAGGAAGACCCAGAGACCACCGUGCACCUGGACAUCGCCAUGGAUGGCUUGUCGGUGAGGCUGGCGGAUACUCAACAUGCCAGCUCUGUGCCUCGUGCCAAACUGGACCUCAAGGAUGUGUACCUGAAGGGCGGCAUUCGUCGCGGGAGCUCGGGCAUUGCAGCCUUGGAGUCUGGUUUGAAGGGAUCCUUGCAACUGAGUGCUGAGUAUUGGAAUCAAAGCCUCGGCAUCACCGAGCCCUUCGUGGAGCCCUGGCGAUUGCAACUCUCUGCCUCGCCCCACUUGCUUUGUCUUCGAGCUGAAGAGCAUUUAGUGCUAAACCUGACGCCUCCCUUGAUCCAAGCCUUGUCAGUGGCAUCGAAUUCCCUGGCGGACGCCAAGGACGAAGGUGUCGAGUUGCGACACACGGAGACGCCGGUGGCCGUUUGGGUCUAUAACCGCACCUUGUGCGAUGUGCGGGUAGCAGUGCGAAACCCUGAGGGGGAGCGAAGUGCUCCCGUCUCCAUCUCCCGCUGGGCUUACCAAGAGCCAGUGGCUUUAGAGCUCGCCACCAAGAGUGCUCCGUUGAGUGUGGGCACCAGCAGUGGCUGGGUCUUGGAAAUGGAGAUGGAGCUUCGUGGCGGCUGGUGGGUUCGACAAGAACUUCCCUUCAGCACCACUGGACGCAGGAUUCUCCGCGUGGAGCGACAGAACUGGUUGUGCGUCACCUUCUCAGUGGACGCCCGACUACUGGCGCCCAUUGUCUCCCUGAGCGGCAUCGGUUUGCUUGAAAACAUGACCAGCAGUAACUUGACCGUGUGUUUGGGCAAGGACAGCGAGGGCAAGGAGCAAACACUGGAACUCGAACCGUACCAACUUUGGAAUGCUGGCAUCGGUGGUGGCUAUGAGGUCACAUUGCCCUUGGACAAGCAUGGACACUUCAAGGCCAAGUUGCCGACAGAUUCUGACCCUUUGGACGAUAAGGAGAAGCUUUUGGAGCGCUUGGCUGGCUUUCGCUUCGUACUGCUGGCGCACGAGGGACGCAAGAAGAACGAACCAAGGGAUCGAGUGGUGGUGUGCGUGCCGAUGCUGUCGGUCCUGAACGCCUUGCCUUGUGAGUUCGAGUGCUCCGUGAAGAAUGUGAGGAAUGUGCCACACCAGUUCCUGAUGUUGAGUGAUGCCAAGAGCGAUGGCGACCGCACGUGGAGCACCGUGGUGCGCUGUUGCGGCCCACGAACGGACCGGCCAAGCGCUGACUUCCCUGAGCCAGAGCCGCCACAGUCUGGUCGGCAUGAAGCGGUCAUUCAGGAGGCCGACACAGCGGAGGCCCACACACAGUCUUUGACUCCGGGUCAACGCUUGGGCUUCAAAGACGUGGAUCCCGAUUUGCAAGUGGAAGUGGUGGUGCGGAUGGCGGGCUUCACCUAUCGAGCCUUUGUCCCUGCCAAGUGCUUGAAAUCCAAGAAUGCGGUCAUGCGGGCGUGCUCAGACAACGCGCACCUGCACUUCGACCUCUCAGCUCGUAGUCUUUGCCUCAUCGCCGAGGACUCCGCGGCUCCACCGUUGGCCAUGGAUUUGGAGUGGGAGAUGCACGGCGCAGUAUUUUUGGUCUACAGCCGCUACUGGAUCGCAGAUAAGACGGGUUGGAGUUUGGACAUUUGCUCCGCCAACACCGAGGGCAAGAAUCUCGAGUUCACUGAGCAGGCACGCGCCUGCGAAGUGCCCUCCACUGGCGCCUGGAAGGCCUUGGGACUAGAGGAGCUGGACGAGGACUCGAAGGGGCAAAAGCCACAUCUCGCACUCAUGAACCUGCAGUGGGAACAGAUUCAGCUACGCUUGUUAGAAGGCGGCAGCAAGAGCCUCUCAGGCUGGUUUUGGUCUCCAGAGCAGCCGGGGGCCUCCUUGAAAGCAUGGUGGGGCACUGGCGCGGCCAGCACAAAGGCAGCUCAGCUCAUGGAAGUGGUGGAGGAGGGCCAUGAAGAGACUGGUCAAGAUCCGGCAGAUUCACAGGCCGGGUGGUUCUUACCGCGAUGGACGCCCUUCGGGACUUCUUCUCCUGAGGAGGAGUCUUUGGAGAGCUUGGAAGAGACCGGUUGGUCUGGAUUGCUGUCCGUGGGCAUCCUGGGGAGCACUGGGGUUGCACAACUGCCUCCUGGAGGUUUGUUCUCCAGCAACGCCACUGCAGCAGAAGUCGGUGUCUCAGUGGCCGGGCUUCCGGCGCCCUUUGAACGAACCAAACUGGUCACAGUAGUGCCAAGAUACCUAGUCCGCAAUGAGCUCCCCUUCGCCCUGGAGCUUUGGCCGAGCCGAGGAACUGGCAAGAAAGCUCCAAACAUG